AUGCAAGAAGUAGAGAUUGAAAACGAUGUUCUGAGAAGACGCUUGAAUAGGUCUAACGUCAUUAUCAGUGGUUUGCCCGAUGGCAUAAAGAAAUUGAGAGAUCCGGUGCAGAGAAUAGCUUCAAUGUGUGGAAUUGAUAUUCAGUCCAAUGAUAUUAACCAUUGUUGCUAUAUAUCAAAGGGCAAAUCUAUACUGGUUAAAUUUAACUCUGUUUAUGUUAGAGAUAGCCUCAUGGCGAGUUAUCAACAGCGCCGUGAUCCGCUGUUACUUUGUGAUGUUACUGGUACUGAUAUAAGAAGUAAAGUUUAUUUGAAUGAUCACCACAAUCGUGCUGCUUCCAAGUUGAUGUACCUGUGUCGUAAGGUGUGGAGGAGUAAUAAAAUUCGCAAGUUUAAACUUAUGAGUGCGGAUAGACCGAAAGCGAUUGUUAUGCUUCCUAAUGGCACGGAGGAUGAGUAUGAUGUGGAUCGGUGCAUAAGUUUGUUGAGUGCUGAUGAUGUACCAGCUUCUACUUCUGGGCUGAGUAGUGGUGUAGUUUAUUUACCACAUGGUGAUAUUGUUGCCAUGGAAGAAGAAAUAGCUGAUAUUGUUGUUAAGUACUCCAAUGAUGUUAUUAUGGGAGAUUUCAACAAUAAAAUGUUUGAUUUGUCGCGUAGUUUAGUUCAAAGUAUAGAAAAUAUGGAUAAGCUUAAAGUGAAGGUUAUUGGAGUGUUGAAAGAACGCGAAUCAAAAGUGAAUUGUACGAACGCUGACCUAACGAACGUUGCGACUGCAAUAUCCAACCAACGACAGUUGCAACAACAACAGCAGCAGCAUCCCAUAAGAAUGUCAGCAUUAGAUAUUUCGGGCAUACUUAAUUGUCGACGAAGAAUGGAGUGGACCAAGGAAUGGCUGAAGAAAUAUCAACACGAAUUCCUAAACAAGGAAAAUUUACGAAAAGAUUUGCUCUUUCGCAGUAACGAAGUGUACCACAUCAAUCACUUCUUUAGCAUAACAGAAAAACAAUUUCGGCAUCUAGUCAAUAUAUUGGAACCUCUUGUAAUGGUUUUGGAACCGCAGCGAAAGAAGAAAACAUUUAGUGCAGAGGAGAGAAUAGCAAUAACAUUGAAAUAUCUGGCAACCGGUGAAGUGAAUUCAUGCCGUAAUUAUUGUUUCCGUGCAUCCAAACCAGUAAUAAUCAAGAUGAUAGCAGAUAUUUGUGAAAAAAUAUACGAGUUGUUGAAAGACGAAUACGUAUCCUUACCAAAAACCGACGAACAGUGGAUUGGUGUCAUUCGUGGCAUGCAACAGUCUCAGCAAAUAUCAAAUUGUUUGGGUCAUCUGAUAAUGCGACAAGUUGUGUUCCACACUCCCAGCAGCCAGCCAGUUAAACCGCGUGCUAUUUUAUGGGAUGCUGGUGAGGAUAAAAGCUGCUCCAAACAACCACCUCUAAUACUAACGGCUAUAGUGGAUGGAAAUUAUAAUUUCUUACAUUUAGAUGUGGAAAAAACAAAAGCGAAAUUUUACGAUGAAAUUUUUGAAAAAUCCAAAAUUCGGACAUUAAUUGAGGGCGACACAAUGCUUAUUCCUGCUGUGGUCAAGGAUGCCAACGGAAGCUGUAGGUCAUACUCAUUUGCCAGUAGCUAUUCACUGCCAGAAAAACAUUACUUGAAAGCAAUAUCUGAGUUAGAGUUCAGCGCGAUUAACAACGCUGAGACUAAUGAUGCAUUGUGUAUAUUGACCAACAUGUUUCCUGUUUUGGGUCAACCACUGCGUCUUUGCGAAGCGGAGGCCCAAAAAAUCAUUCUGGGUAGUAUAGCAUUGUAUAAUUAUUUGCGUAAGACCAAUCAAGAAUACUGCAAACUAACCGAGAGAAUUGUCAUAAGCUCGUCUGAAAAACCCCACAUUAACACUGAAGAUGUUGAUGACGAGUGUAUACUCAUUGAACAGGACGAAUAUGCUCCUAAUGUAUCUGAUUCAACGUGCUUCAAAAGCUUGCGAAAACAACGUGGCGAUAUUCCAGCUGGCCUGGAGUGGUAA